AUGAGCUCCACUAACUUCCCCGUCACUUUAUAAUGAAUAAAAAUUCUUUUCUUCCAAAAAUUUCUAAAAUGUCAUUAUUUUUUAUAAAAUUACUAUUUAUUUAAAAUUGAAAUAAACAAAUAAAUCAGGUGUAAGCAACAUCUAAUAAUACCAAGCAAAAUUAAAUAUAAAUAUCUAUAUUUAGGAAUUUACUCAGCUAGCUCAAAAAGUUUUAGUUAUUCAUUGUAUGCAACAGCUUCUAGUGAAAUUCCAUGCUAUAAUGGCUGCUCAGGAAAUGGAUUAUGCAGCUCAGGCCUUUGCAAUUGUACAGAAGGUUUUAUCGGUCGAGAUUGUUCCGUUCGAUCAACAAAAUUAGCGCUUGAGAUCCAAGCUACUUUAUCAUUAAGCUCUUGCUGUUGAAAAUAUGCGGAUUUAUCCUUGCUAGAUUAUUCUAAAGAUUUACAAAUUAAUAUUACUAGUUCAACAUAUAUAGCUAUGGAUCCGCUAUAAUCCUUAAAAUGAUCUUUUCCUAUUUAUUAUUCAUAAUUGAUGUACAUAAAAUGGCUGGAGAAAAGCAGCCAGUCAUUGCUAGACUGAAAUCCUUAUGUAUGCCGGAUAUGGCUUUUAUGGUUCAGUCAUAAGCUAGCAAUGCUCAGUAGCCUUGAAGUGAGAUAUGUGAGACUCUUUUCUACUGGAUUGAAUCUUGACUGAGCACACCGCUGCAGAACAGAGCAAGCAGUGAAAGUGAGACUAUAAAUAAAUUCCGAAUUAAUCUAAUCUAAUCAUUCAUAAUUGGCCAACUUUGCAAGCCUUAAGCAUUAGCUGAAUCGCCCAAUCCAAUAAUCCUCAUGCUCAGCAUCUAAGCUAGAACUGCUCCUAUGCUAUAUAGAUAUCUAUAUGAAGCCUUAUGACCUAUACGAGUACAACAGUGUCCUCCCUAGCAAAUUAGAAUCAGAAGCCCACAAAUACGGCUACAACACAUUUUCGUUCAAAAUAUCCCUUAAAAACAUAGGACCCUGAUAUUUUGCCUUCUACAACCCAAGCCACAGCACUUCCACUUUUACACUAACCACAAGAACUGUAGACUCUUCAUCCUCCUCCAGCUCCAAUAUUAUCUAUAUAAUUGCUUCAGUCUCAGCUGCAGUUUUCCUUAUAACCCUUAUUUUUGCAAUAUAUAAAAUUAAAACUCAUAAUAAAGCAAGUACAGUUUCAGAAGACUCAAUAAGACCAGAAUUUAUUGAUAAAAAUUUCCCGAAAAUCGCAUUUAAAAAGCGAAAGCAUAAAGCAAAUUGCAAGGAUUGCGCUAUUUGUUUAGAUAAAUUUAAGGAUUCUGAUAUGAUAAGAGAACUGGCUUGUUCUCAUAUUUAUCAUAAUAAUAAAAUGGCUACUUACGGAAUUAGAUCUCUCAAGAGCUAUUCCUCCUUCGCUUUUAUUAUUAUGGAAUUCAGUUUUCCACGUGAACCUUUAUCUCAACACCAAGAUGGAAUACCGCAUAGGGUAUUUCUUUUGUCCAUGGUAUUAGGAGACAUAUGAUUUUUCUGCUUGACACACCCGAGGAGGGUGACCUUAGGCUGAACACGGAUAGGAGUCAAGUGAGGGCAAGGGCGAGGUCAGCGCGACCAGUACGGACCUCCUGGCUUGGCGGGUGGGGUCUUCUGGAAUGCUUGCUAGACAAGAUGGCUGCUGACGGCACCAAUUAGGAGUUAGAAGGUGGGCUAUGCCCAUUCACACUGCUGAAGAGGGAAUGCCUAACUCCCCCCCCCCCUCCGUGAGCGAACAAAAAAAUUUUGUUCGCUCACGGAGGGGGGUUAAUUUUUUUUGUUUAAAAAAAAUUUAUAUAUAAAUUUUAUAAAAAAUAUUUUUUUCGAAAUUUAAAAAAAAUCCUAAUUUGCAAAAAUUGGGAAGCAAAAUAUUAAUUUAAUUUGCAAAAUUUAUGUUUUAAAACGCAAUUUGUUUAAAAUUAAACAGAAUUAGCUCUAGAUUUCAUUAUACUAAUUAUCACUUAUAUAUCAAAAUUUUUUUCCAUUAAAAUUUUUUCUAUUAAAAAAAUUUUUGUUCACUCACGGAGGGUGGGUUUUUGGUCAAAAAAUGGCGAUUUUUCUAAUGGUUUUGUUCGCUCACGGAGGGGGGGGGGGGAGUAAGUAACUAAGUAAUUAAGUUCUCAUAUUUAUCAUGCCAGGUGUAUUGAUUUGUGGUUCGAAAGAAAUACGUUUUGCUGUCUGUGUAAGAGAGAAAUUAUGAGUGAAAAUAUCGAAAAUAGACUUGGGUUAAGUGAGACGUUUGGAAAUAUGAGCGAAAUUGUGAUGGAGGAACUCGAAAGCCCGACUGUAACGACUGAAAAUCAAGAGCAGGUGAUUUUGCAGAGGUUUUAA